AUGAAGUUUUGCAGCAUGAACGGCCCAAGUGAAUCUGAAGUUGAAAGCCUACUUAUGAGUCCAUGCUGGGGUCCCACACAAAACGGUAGCCAGGAUCAAUAUCUGCUUGAUGGCCAUAAAUUGCUGCUCGAUCAUGACCUUGAUUCGCUGCCUAGCGAUUCGGAACAGAAAAACUCCUUAGAUGUACUCGAUAACCUAUUAUUGAAUUCGUCCUCAUUGAAUGCGCUUUCUGAUCUGAAACCACUACCACCGUUCACCGGCUAUACGGGACAUUUGUCCAUCAAUGGCAUCUCCGGACAUCAUUACCAUGCAAUUGCACAGAGGCUACCCGAUGAGAGCAACAAUAAUUACAUACAAAGCGCCUACCAGACGAAUCAUGCGACGACGACGGGAAACGCCUCCACAAGUAUACAGUUGGCGGCGGCGACGUCGGGUACGUCACCGCUACCGGGCAAUGGCGGAGGCGGUGGAGCCAACAGUCAUGGGUCUUCAGCCGAUCACAAUAUCGUUUCCUCGUCAACUUGCCUGCCUGAGAGCGUGUUAAGUCCGGAUACGGACGCCUGCCUGAGCGACGUGAAACUGUUUGCGGAUAGUCAAUUAGAUAAUAAGUUGUACUCGAUGGCCGACAGCUGUGUUAUGUCGGCAAGUGGUACGGGUGGGAUUGGUGGAGGUGGUGUUGGUGGCGGCGGUGGCAAUAAUGGAAAUGGCAUGGUGGGCGGAGGUGAUCAUGGACCAGAUUCAUUGCACAGUGGCGUACGCAUUUACACCGACGCCAAAGAUCUAUCUGAGUACGUGGAUAUGAACUCGAUUGACGAUAUUGCGGCCAUAAUUGGCUCUGCGAUAGCCGACACAACAGUGCCCAAUCAACUAGAUAAGGAUGACGGAAAUGAUACGCGAGAUUCCUGGAUGGAUCUCGAUGCGUGGAUAGAUGGAAAUUGUAUACAACAGGAUGGUAAACUACUUGUGUCGCAACAGGAUGCGCUUAGCGAAUUCAUCUUGCCACAUUCUCCCGUGCAUCCAAGCAGCUCAACGCUACAGAGCUUGUUGACGCACGGCUAUAUGCCAUUACUGCAUAAUCGACUGCAAAAUGGUCCGCCACAGCAGCAACAAACACAAGCCAAUACAUCGGCGUUGAAGAGUGAAGCGCCCAGUUCUACCUCAUACUGCAACGAGCUGCCGACAGCGACGUCCACCUCGAGUCCACCUGGUUCUGUGGUAUCGACCACGGACAAUCUGAUGAUCAACCCACGUUAUCUCACCAAUCCACAACAGUACCAAGUCUCCAUGUCAUCGAUGAAGUCAGACGGUCUCUGUAGUCCUGACAUGCUAGGUAAUUAUCCACAUACGACAACAAUCACACCCACCGGUACGCCGAAGACGAAACGUCCACGCACUCAAAAGAAAUCCAGUCAACAGCAGCAGGCGCAAGCGAACGCACAGUCUAGUAGUAGCGGACUCGGGCCGCAACAACUCAACGCAAUUUCACCAUCCUCCGUUAGCUUCAGCUCCAAUGACCUCUCCGGACUGUUAGGCAAAGAGAAGCCCGUACAUCGGUGUAGUAUCUGCAAUCGAGGUUUUCUCAACAAAAGCAACAUCAAAGUACACCUGCGAACGCAUACAGGCGAGAAACCAUUCCGUUGUGAUGUCUGCGCCAAAGCGUUUCGACAGAAGGCGCACUUGCUCAAACAUCAACAGAUACAUAAGAGAAUUGGGCGUGACUGA